ACUAAAAUUUCAGAGAAUUUUAUGAUUUAGCAGAGGCCAGAAAUCUAGCCUACUAAUCCUCAGGUUUAGAUGCUGGAAACCAGCCACUUUCUAUUGUGAGAUUUAACAUAUUGUCCUCAUGGAAAUUAAAGUUUGCUAAACAAAAAUAUCUUCAGUUGCCAUGUUUGCUAAACAGCAAAACCUCUUGGAAAUCUCUGAAGGCAAUUCUUUUAUGGCAUCAGUCAGUAGGAUCAUCCUGCUUUUACUGGUAAUUCUGCCAUCUAAUCUGCCGUACUCGAUAGCACAAAAUUGGAUAAAGGCAGGCUACUGGUAUUCUGGCACGGAGUUUCCCAUUGCAGACAUAAAUUCAGCUCUGUUCAGUCACCUUAUUUGUGCUUUUGCCGACAUAAACUCCAGCACGUAUGAGCUUCGCAUCUCUCCGUCUGAUCAGAAGUACUUCUCAGCAUUUACCAGUACUGUCAAACAGAAAAAUCCAUCAGUUAUCACACUUCUAUCUAUUGGAGGAGGAUCAGCUAAUUAUUCAGUCUACUCUUCUAUGGUUAGCCAAUUUUCAUCUAGGAAGUCAUUCAUAGACUCAUCGAUAAAUAUAGCUAGGCUAUAUGGUUUCAAGGGCAUAGACUUCAGCUGGCGUUCAGCAAGUACGGCUGCAGAUGCAACUAACAUGGAAACACUUUUCAAUGAAUGGGGAGCUGCUGUUGAAUCAGAAUCAAGGAACAACAGCAGCUCGAAGCUUUUCUUGACAAUGGCUGCUCCUUAUUCACAAUAUAUUAGUGAAGCAACUCUCCCAAUAGAUUCAAUAAGGAGGAACAUGGAUUGGGUGCAUGUUUUGGCAUAUGAUUUCUACACACCUGUAGCAAAUCCGGAACAUACAGGUCCUUCUGCUGCAUUAUAUGAUCCAGCAAGCAACCAAAAUACAGAUUUUGGUAUGAAUUCAUGGAUAAGUGGAGGACUGCCAGCUAACAAGAUUGUUCUGGCUUUGCCUUUCUUUGGCUAUGCAUGGACGCUCAGGGAUCCCAAAGACAAUGCAGUGGGUGCUCCAGCGAAUGGAUCAGCUGUGGCAACAGAAGGGGACAUGACUUACAAAGCUAUCAGGGAUUACAUUCAACGAUAUAAUGCUGUUUCAGUAUACAAUACAACUUACGUUAUGAAAUACUGCAGUGUUGGGUCAACUUGGAUUGGCUUUGAUGACGUUGAGGUUGUCAAAACUAAAGUUUCAUAUGCAAAACAGAGGGGUCUGCGUGGGUAUGCAGUUUGGCAAGUUCCAAACGAUUACAAUUGGGAACUUUCUCGGGCAGCAGCUGAACAAAGUAACAAAAAUCAGCAAAGGAAGAAGCAUAUACUUUUGAAAACUCUGCUUCCUGUAGCAAGUCUGGUACUCCUCUUACUCGGAGGCUUUACAGUUUGGCACAUCAAAAGAAAACAGCUUACAGGAAAAGAACUGAGGAUAGAAACAGAGAUGGGGCAUAAGCAAGUAUUUUCAAUGGAAGGCAGCGAUUCUCAUUCUCUACAAAUGUUUAGCUUUGACGAUAUUAAGGCAGCAACAAAUGAUUUUUCAAAUGAAAACAAGCUUGGUCAAGGAGGAUAUGGGCCUGUUUACAAGGCUAUAUUAUUAAACGGCAGAGAAGUAGCAGUAAAAAGGCUUUCUGCAACUUCCAAACAAGGAAUUGAAGAAUUCAAAAAUGAAGUAUUACUUACAGCCAGACUGCAACAUGUCAAUCUUGUAAGUGUUCUGGGAUUUUGCAUUGAAAGAGAAGAGAAGAUGCUGGUAUAUGAGUACAUGCCCAACAAGAGCUUGGAUUUCUACAUCUAUGAUCCAAUCAACCGCUCGUCCCUCAACUGGGAACAACGCGCACAAAUCAUCGAGGGAGUGACUCAAGGGCUCUUGUAUCUCCAAGAAUACUCAAGACUAACAGUAAUUCAUAGGGACCUAAAAGCUAGCAAUAUUCUAUUGGAUGAUCAAAUGAAACCCAAAAUAUCAGAUUUUGGGAUUGCCAAAAUAUUCCAAAAGGACAAGGUUGAAGCAAACACCGAUCGAGUAGUUGGCACCUAUGGUUAUGUUCCACCUGAAUAUGUACGAGAAGGGAUAUAUUCCACAAAAUCGGAUGUUUUCAGCUUUGGAGUUCUACUUCUUCAAAUAAUCAGUGGAAGAAAAAAUACAUGCUUUUAUGGACCUCAUUCAAAUAUAAACCUCCUAGAAUAUGCAUAUGAGCUAUGGAAAAAUGGAGAAGGCAAAGAGUUUCUAGAUGAAACACUGGAUGACACACAUUCAUCUUGCAAACUAAUGAGAUGCCUUCAAAUUGCUCUUCAGUGUGUUCAAGAAGAUCCAAAUGAUAGACCUAACAUGCUAGAAAUUUCUCAUAUGCUUAGGAACGAGAAUUUGGAUAUGAAGCAUCCAAAAAGACCAGCCUUCUCUAUUAAAAAAGACGAAGGUGGAGAUAAGCCCUCCACACAGUCAGAAGGAACAGAACAAGUUGAUACUGCAACCAUCACAAGACUAGUUGCUCGAUGAUGCUCAUUUGCUAGCAACACAGUGUAUAAUAUAUUAGCCAUCACGUACAAUAGAGUUUUGAGUAUGUAAUUAACUACUAAAGUCAAAUACAUGAUAUUUAGCUACUUGUUUGUCUCUUAAAAAUAUUGAGAUAGUUCUAGGACUUCAGAAAUAGAACCAGACCUUAUUGUGUUGAGCACAUCACGUUAAUCCUUUUAUCCCAUUCAAUUUUAUUC